AACGGUGUACACCGCCUGGAAGGUCUACCAGGAGGACAUUGAGAAGCACGCCAAGAGUCGCAUCACUGUCUUUGAACAGCUCAGCAGCGCCUGUGACCAGUUGAAGGCGGUUCGCUCGCACAAGUCCACUGUCAGCAAAAAGUGUUUGGACAACCAUCUCAAGAAAAUGCAAGAAGAAAUUGUCAACUCAGUUUCAGAGAUUGACAAAACAAGAAAACUCUACUUUGAAGAAGAGCACCUUGCAAAACAGGCACGAGAUAAAGAAGAAAAGAUUAAGAAACGCAAGACUGGCAUUUUCUCCUCUUUUGCCAAUUUGCAGACUAAAAAGGAGCGCACGUCAGCACACCGUGAAGCAAGUGACAUUCAGUCGACGCAGGCCCGCAACGACUACAUCAUGGCACUGGCGGCGGGCAACGCCCACCUCGGCCACUACUAUGGCACCGAUCUGCCCAAUCUGAUGUUCACGAUUGACGACGCGGUGCUGGACAAGUGUCGGUCCUUCAUCAUGACACUGCUUCAGUCGGAGCGGGACAUGGUCACCAACUGGCACGAGGUCAUCCACCGGUGCAAUGAGACGAUGGAGCACUCCUCCGCCGACUACACCAACUCCGUCUUUCUCAAGGACCCCCAUUCGCUGUGCAUCACUGAAACUCUGACGUACGACUUUCAGCCGUGUGAUAAUGACAGCAUCGACUACAUUAGUCUGGAGCACAAUGCCGACAUUGCGCUGAGAAAUGAGGGCCAGAAAUGGUUCUCCUGGUUCUGCAAAGAAUGUCGCAAUCUGAAUCGCCUUUCGGCUCAGCUGGUGCGCGUUCAGGCGCUGCAGAUGGAGGGACACAAGACGGUGGAUGUGACUGGCAGCGGUCAGGUGGACAUUGAGACGAGAAUCGACGAAAUUCGCCAACAAAUUCGCAAGUGUGAAAUCAGCAAAAUCAAGGCACGAGCUCGACUGCAGGUGAUUCGAGAAAGCGGCGCUGAGGUGGAGGACUUUGAGAACUUUGAAGCGCAGGCGGCGAUGGAGAUGAAGCAGCAGUCACUGGACGUGAUGGACAUCACCGGCGGCGGGUCGCUCAGCAGAACCUCCUCGAUGCGCUCCAACGUGGGCGGCAUCGGCUCGUCGUCAGCAGAGGCAAAAUCGCCAGUUCCGAACCGAGGGGACACAGUUGAUUCGAGUGGCGGUCAGCAGCAGCACUCACAUCACAUGCGCCCCGAGUCGUCCUCCUCAGCAGAGCAGCUCGACUCGCCGGACCGCGAGGUGCUGCAGCUGGGCAGCAGUGUGGAGUGCACCAGUCCGGCGCCCAGCUCGGCGGCCUACGCCUCUGCCGCCUCCGCCGGCGGCUGGGGCGCCAUGGACUACGACCCGACGGCGGUCACCGGGUGGGACGAGGAGCCGCCGGCGGUGGCCGUCUCGGCGCCUGCCGCCGUCGGGGCACCCUCUGGUGGUGCACAGGCAAACAACGGCAGCGGCAACAACAACAACAACAACGACAACAGCUUUGAGGAUAGCCAGGCGUACGGAGAGCAGGCGGCUACUGAUGGAUUUUCUCUUGUGGGCAAGCAGUGCUUUGUCCUGUACGCCUACGAGGGCGCCGGCGAGGACGAGCUGUCGGUGACUGAGCAGGAAAUUGUCUCGGUCAUUGACGCCUCCGAUCGAGACUGGGUUCGGGCGCAGAAUGAUCGAGGUCAGUACGGCUACGUGCCGGCCGCCUACCUGCAGGAGAUGCCCGGCCAGGGCGACCACUCGCUGGCGGGCGUCUCGCAGCCCUCCAUGGGCACCUCACUGAACAGCACCGAGAGCACCAGUGAGCACCACAAUGACAGAGGAGGAGGAGGAGGAGGAGGAAUGGGCGGUGGCACCACGACCACCGUCUCCAUCAGCUCGCCGCCGGCCGACUCAUCAACCUCGAACGUCUUCUCACCACCGGCGGCUUCUUCCUCUGCCCGUCACCACCCCGGGCAGCAGCAGCUGAACAGCACCAGCAGUGUGGAGGAGUUCUCGCAGGACCUGCCACUGCCGCCACCGCCCCCACCACCUCCUCAAACCGGCGAAAAUGAUGGGUCGGUGUACGUGCGAGCCGCCUACGACUACGUGGCCACCAAUGAGGAGGAGAUCUCCUUCGCCGCCGGUGAGAUGAUCAAGAUACUGGACAGCAGCACUGAUGACGGCUGGUGGACGGGCGAGAAUCAGGCCGGCGCCGUGGGCCACUUUCCCUCAGUUCUGGUCACCGGCGGCGAUGAUGAUGAGGAGGAGGAGGAUGACGACGAAGAUGAAAACGAGGAUGAGGAUGAGGACGAGGACAUGAACGAUGAAGAGAUGAUGAGCAUUGGCGUGCCAAAUCUGCCGCCACCACUGCCUGGUUCACUUUCAAUGCCACCGCCGCCGCCGCCUCCCACUUCUUCUUCAGCGGCGGCUCCAAAUCUCCCGCCGCCCCCUCCAGUGCUUCCUCCCCCUCCGCCUGUGAUUGCCAUGAGCACCGACUUUGCCGAAUCACCGCCAGACGGAACAGCAGAAGGGACCACAUCAUUACCGCCUCCUCCGCCACCAGCUCCAAUGACGCUGAUGGCGCCCCAGAUGGGCGUCAUCAUUCAGCCCACGCCGGAGAUUGAGUGCAAGCCCAUGCUGGGCAGUGAGUCGUCAGCAACAACGGCAGCAGCAACUGCGACCAAUGCAAGUUCAAGUGCAGAUGCAGCAGCAGCCAGCACUGGCAGCAGCAGCAGCAACUACGAUCGCGAGAUGGUCAACUUUGAGGAGAUGCUCGCGCAGGAGUCAGAGGGAACCUCGAUCAGCACCUCGAUGGCCAUCGCCGUGCAGGAGGUCUCAGAGACGGUGACGCAGCAGGCAAUGGACGACUCCAUGCGGGAGAUCAGUCGGCGAACUUCCACUGCCUCCAGCUACGAUGGAUCAGUGGUGGAGGUGGUGGCGGCGGCGGCGGCAGCGGAAGCAGCUGCUCAACAACCUUCCACCUCAUCACAAACACUUCGCAAUCAACAGCCCAACGGAGACAUUGUCAACAAUGCAGGUGGUGGUGGUGGUGGUGGUGGUGGUGGACAUCAAGAAAAUUACCACAAUUUCGGCGCUUUUGAUAAUGAUGUUGAUGAGGAUGAAGAGGAUUGCAAGUAA